AUGAUGCUGGCGGCCUCCUCUCCAGCGGGCCCUGUGAGAGGAGCAAAUAAGAUGGCGCCCAGAGGAAUUCCCUGUGAUGGGACAAAUGUCUGGCUGUACAUCCAAGCCUUGCCAAACCCUGUGAUGGAAGGAGAGUCCCUGACUCUGCAAUGCCAGGGAUGGAACAAUAUGGCACUAUCCCAGGUGCAUUUCUACAAAGAUGGAGCACUCCUCCAUUUAUCAAAUGGCAAGAAGAGUCUGUCCAUACGGACAGCAACGAUGGAAAGCAGUGGCCAAUUCAGCUGUUCUGGGAGGGUGACGUAUUUGCCACACUUAGGCAGAGAAACCUCAGGGACUACCACGGUUCAGGUCCAAGAGCUGUUCUCACCUCCUGUGCUGAACGCCGUCCCCUCUCCCAAGCUCUGUGAGGGGAGCCCAUUGACUCUGAGAUGCCAGACGAGGCUGCACCCCCAGAGGCCGGCCUUGCGGCUCCUCUUCUCCUUCUGCAAGGAUGGCCGCACCGUGCAGGGCAGGGGCCAGCACCCAGAACUCCACAUCCUGGCCAUGGAGGAAGGAGACUCUGGGCUUCACUGGUGUGAGGCAGCCUGUGAGGGUGGCAGGGUCCAGAAACAGCCCCAGCUGGAGAUCAUGGUGCAAGCUCCUGUGUCCCGUCCUCUGCUCACUCUGCCACACAGGAUCAUUAGCCCUGCUGUGGGGGACCUGGUGGAGCUCUUCUGUGAGGUCCAGAGAGGCUCCCCUCCAAUCCUGUGCUCCUUCUACCUCGAUGGGAAGCUCCUGGGAAACCAUUCAGCUCUUCAUGGUGGAGCUGCCUCCCUCCUCGUCCCAGUGAAGUCAGAGCAGGACACCAGGAACUACUCCUACGAGGCUGAAAACAGUGUUUCCAGAGAGAGGAGUGAGUCCAGGAAGAUCUCCCUGAAGGGUUCCCAAAUCUUGUCCACCCCACCCCCCCCCCACUGCAACUGGCCAGUUGUUUACCUGCCUGCAGGCCUGCUUGGUGUGAUGGUCAUUGCAGCUGCACUUCUGGGUUAUUUCAAACCAUGGAAAAAAGCCGGGCCUCUUCCAUCCCAGGAUCUGCCCCCAGCUCCAGGUGGAGAGCAGUGCCCCUUCUAUGGCAAUGGUAAGGAUGUCUAUCAGGACCAUGGUCUGUCCAUGAAUGUGGGGAAAGGCCACUUAAGGAAGAAGCAAGCCCUCCCGAGUCUGCAUCAACAGAAAGAUGAACAUGUUACCUGCCUGGUGGUGUGUACAACCUUAAAGAGGAAUAAAUGUGAGUGA